CUAAUACGUGGUCUAGCGCAAUAUAGUUAAUAUACUGUGUCUGUGCCUGUGUGGUGUUUGUAUAAUAGGUUACGCUGCGAUCUCCAAAAUGACAUUUCUAGCUUGUAGAUGUUAUUUACGAAAAAUCAAGUAAAUCUACCUAGAUAGCCAGGUCCGCAAAUAAAUGCUUCCACUGCCCGAAAAGCUUUGCUCUAUUUAUCGAUCGAUGUGAGGUUAUGAUAACGAAUAACUCGACUCGCAUCAAUGUUUACUGCUGUGACUUCUUCCGGCUACUGCCAAGUUUAUGCGUGUCUGCUCAGGAUAGUUCUAGUAGCCACUCCAAAACUUCCAAAACUUCGCAGGACAAAAACAUUUGAAGCUGGAGAUAUGACAUUCAGUGCUGAUAAAAACAAAGAACUACAAUGAUUGGCACAGCCUCUGGACUGGAAGAUGCUUGCCAUCAAGCUCAGGACAUGAUUGAGCAAGUUCCACGGUACUGGCAAGAUCCUAUGGGUCUUCCUGAGCCUAGAAAGGAAUCAAGCCAGAAGAUAGAAUUAUGUUACCCCAAACACAGUAUCCAGGCAAAACUUACGCGGCUAUAUUUUGAGGAGCUGUCAAAAGUUCCUCAUGCGACACCUGACUCGGUCUUGAACAAUCUGGAGAACGAAUGCGAUCUCUUGGGGCGUUUAGUGCAGAGAGAGGGUCUACACACAUUAAUUGUUAAUCUCUAUGCUGGAAACAAAGGAUACUCAUUAGGUGUAAGAAACUGCGAAAAAGGUACCCAAUUCGACAAGAAUGCUCUACUCUCGGAAACCCAACUAAUGGGGUAUGAACAGGGUGAACUCCUCUCCUGCAUCGACAACGGGCAGCUGCCGUCAAUGCUCGCCGAACAGCUGGAAACGAAUAACUCGCACCUCUUCUACGACGGUUGUAUAAUCGCUGAAGUGCGCGAUUAUAGAAAAGCAUUUCCACAUAGUAAAGCCGAGGUGCACCACGUUCUCCUAAAGCCAACCACCCAGAGCGUUCUCUCGGAUGUGUCCACGUUAACGAGUGACGGAGAAUGGAGUCACGAGGAACGCCUCGUUUUGGAGUCUCAUCUGAUUGCUGCUACCCAGGGACCACUGUGCCUCGAUCCAAGUCCCAUACCCAGCCUUGCAACUACGCGGUUAAUGCAGUCAAGAUCUCUCCUUACGGAUCAUCAGUUAAUGCGACAAGCCAAAAAGUUCUCUCAGGUUACCGUGAAUCGCAAAAGAAAAUUGGAACAACUUGCGCAACCUGAAGGACUUACGAUACAGGACCUCAUGCAAAAGCUUCGUGCGAAAAGGGGAUUGCCAACUAGCACUGCCUGCCCCCCACCGUCUCUUGCAAAUCCUCCUCUACUUCCACCUAGCACACCCAUUGACGUUCUUAGGUACGCAAAGGCGUACGAAAGGCCACGGGAAACUAAAGACUGCCUCCCGCAAUUAAUAGAAGAAUAUAUAUUAGAGACUGAACGUGGCCAAGGCCGUGUCUAUCAUAUAAAGCUCUCGAUCCUACAAAGACCUUCGAACUCCGAGUACCUGGGAGAGCUUUACGUGGAUCGCGAUCAUCGCGAGGGCGAAAAGAAUGGUUCAGCUUGCAGAUUUACAUUAGGAACUAGAGCUCAGGCGAAUCACUAUAUCCAGCAAUUCACAGAGAUCUUCACUGAGGAAGGUAGGAAGAACGUUAGAAUAAUGCACGUCGUACCAGGACAGACUCCCCGAGUUACGUGUACACCAGGGAUGCAGCGUGCUCAUCAACAGGCACAGCAAGCACAGGCGGCACAAUUAGUAGCUCAGCAGUUACAACAGGCACAGUCUCAACACGUUACACAGCAGAUUAUCUCGCGAGCUCAGGGACAACUGAACACUCUGGCUGGUCAAGUGGCUGCGAUGAAGACUGUCCUCGAAACUGCUGGUUCAACAACACAGCCUAGUCUAGCCUGCCUCGACUCUACCGUGCAGGUUGUUCAAGGGGUUCCUCAGUCCGAAGCCACAACAUCGAACUCUGCACAGCCUCUAACUAACGGCGGACCACAUACAGCGACAUCUGGACAACUAGAGAGCACGACUUUGCCCGUCGACACAGGAUCAUGUAACGGAUCAGGCAUUCUGGUCUUUCAGCAAAAAUCCAGCAGCACUCCUAAUAAUAGCACAACCAGCAAUGUUCCCGUGUUGCAAGCUCAACUUCAAGCUAGAGCCCAGAGCCCAUUGGCCGACGGAAAUCAGUGUCAGAGUGACGGCUCAUACAAAAAACAUUCGACAAAUCCAGCGAUAAGCGCUUUGGUGACAUCGCUGAUGAACUCUGCGCAACAGUUUCAGCAGCAGGCUGCAGCGAAUGCGGCAGCUGCGGCGAUGAAUAGUAACGUACAAGCUCCGGUAAAGUCAAACAACGCAGCAAUCUUGAGCCUCUUGAACAGCAGUCCGGCUAACCUAUCCCAGCAAAAAUCACAGCCACGCAGGAUCUCUCUGAAUGCCGCGAUACCACCGAGAGUCAUUAGCCAUGGAAACGUCAUUACUGUGCCUAGUACAACUGGUCAGGUAAGGGUUAGCUUCAGUUCUGCUCUCACCAGUCAACUCACCGGUAAGCAACAGCCAGUGAAGGCUACUGCAGUACGACUGGCGAGAGUUCAAGACCCGACCUCAACCUUAGGAUUAUCCAUGCCCGGAUUGUCCGCCCUGCUGGCUGGAACUCCAUCGGCGGAUAAUCCAAUUCCUGGAAUAAAUACAGCUUCGUCUUUGCUCGAACGUUUGACAGCCUCCUCCAGCCAAGGAAGUCAACCGGCGAGUCCAAUGACAAGUCCGCCUCCUUCUGGUAACGUCAAUCUUCAGAGUGUUAAUCUGACGAGUCUACCUGCGGGCACCAUUAACGGCCUGCAAAAUGUCCAGGUUUCAUUUCCUGGCUUGUCGCAGCCCAUCACGAUGUCGCUUAACGUAUCGGCAGCUACUGGUUCGGUUGCGCCAACCGGUGUUAUCGUGAGCCUACCGAUUUCCUCGGCAACCAAUACUUGCACUACAGUGUCUAGUAUGGUCGCUGCCACGGUCGCUACCACUGCUAUAGCUGGUAGUACGCCGACUGUGGUAAUCGCCAAUCCCGCGAAUACUCAUUUGUCGUUGCCAAUUGCUCAAAUAAUUCCUUCGGGAGUAAAGGGCUUGUCACAGCAAAAUAUACGUAGCAGCAAUGCAGUCACUCUGUCUCAUGGUGGGCAGGCGAUUCAACUCGUAGGAUCUCAACGACCUCGGCUUAACCAGAUGACUCGACAAGUUCAACCGAAUCAAUUGGUAACUGUGACAAAAACGAUGACGGCCAACCAACUUAUAUUGUCAGGCAACAAACAAGUGUUAACUCCUAUAAUGGCUGCGAGCAAGCCCGUUUUAAUGGCGACACAAGCAUCGCCAUCCACCCAAGCAGUAUCUGCUAAUAAACAAACAUUAGUCACAAAAUCUUUGCACGCAAGGGCUCCGAACACUGGACAGUGUAAUUCGCAGGGCCAGCCGCUUGGCACGACGAAUCUUUCGCAGCAACAACUACAAAGGACUUUGGUGAAACCGGUGCAGUUGCAACAAUUACAACAAUGUCUCGCAGCCCAGCAUAAAGCAGCAGUCGGUGCCACGGCUGGGAGCUCGCAGACUCGCACGCAAAUUCAAAACCAACGAAAUUCCACAUCAGGUCCGAGCGAAGACUCUCUCUGAAGAUGUUCAAAUUGCAGUUACAAUGAACAUUAACGAUGACGACGAUGAUGGAUGACGAUGACGGCUACGACGACGACGACGACGACGACGACGACGACGACGACGAUGAUGAUGAAUGAUGAUGAUGGGUAAAGGUGAUAAAUAUCACGGCAUUAUUAAUGAUUAUUAUGCAUGGCAAUCCUCUUCGUCGUCUUACGUCUUUAAUAAUUGGACCCUCCCACGAGCUACAUCGUCGACUUCACUUUUUAAUAAAGCACUCACUAUAAUUUCUUGCUUAAAAGUAAUAUCACGCCGCGUAUCUUGUAAAAAUCAUUCAGAAUCCCGCAGAGAAGAUUCGCAAAUUCUUAUUAUAAUGCGGUAAACUGAUUCUGUCUAGCCUUAAAUUGUACGCGGGAUCCGAUUAUAUAUAAAAAGCAAAAAUUUCCUGUCCUCUAAAUGGAAAAGAAAUGAUGUAAAUAACGUUUGAAAGAAAAACGAAAGAAACAUCUCGCGGGAUGCUCAGUAACAAUUGUACAAAAUGUCGCACCACUCUCAGAACCAGACCCUUCAAAUAUAGGAACUUCGUCUGUUGCAAGUAAAAAAUGAAUUUCAAGGCAAAUUAACGAUGGCAAUGUUAUCUCCUUCUUUGCCAUUCAUUAUUUUUUCUUGAUUUUUGAAAUAAUGAUACCGUGUGAAUGUGCAAUAAACCUUAUUUCAAAGUAAGAAUAAACCCCUUGCGACGUUACUUGAGGAAGGUCUCAAUUAUUGUACAUAUUAAAUAUACUUACAAUAUAUGAUUUGUUUUAUAUUAAAAAACGUAAUAAAUAUUCCAUUUUUAUUAUU